CCCACAUAAGAAAAGCUGGCGGAGGGAAUUGGGUGUAGCUGUGUCUGUGCGCGCCUUGGCCAAUGGAACCAGAUCCUCCCUGCAGUGCGUAAGAGCGCGAUUUAGGAUUUAACCAAGUCUUUGCUGCGAGGCUGGCUGCAGUCUUCACCAGAGCCCGACGGCCUGAGAGCGUCUCCACACAAUGAGAGUAUAGUCUCCACACCGCUUUUGGACCAGGCUGCUUUGAUUAGUCUUUUGUUACUACUAUUAUUAUUUCUUUUUUUUUUUUUUUUUUACAUUAUAGUAGAUUAAACAAUACAAUCUCGCGUCGUUGCCUCGCGAAGCAUGACUGGAGUUUUCGAUCGGAGGAUCCCGAGUGUGAAACCUGCAGAUUUCCAGAGCUCCUUUCAACUCUCCACCAUGCACCAUCCGUCUCAGGAAUCUCCCACUUUACCCGAGUCGUCAGCCACAGAUUCAGGCUACUACAGCCCGGCCGCCGGAGUCCCUCACGGCUACUGCUCGCCCAGCUCCACCUCGUACGGGAAGCCUCUCAACGCCUACCAGUACCAGUACUCGGGUGUAAACGGAUCUGCGGGAAAUUACUCGACAAAAUCCUACAGUGAUUACAGCUCGUAUACUACGCCUGCUUACCACCAAUAUGCCGGGACUUACAGCAGAGUUCAAGCCCAACCGAGUCCACAAGAAAAAGACAUAAGCGAGCCGGAGGUGAGGAUGGUGAACGGCAAGCCGAAGAAAGUGAGAAAACCCCGGACCAUUUACUCCAGCUUCCAGCUGGCCGCCCUGCAGAGGCGCUUCCAGAACACGCAGUACCUGGCGCUGCCGGAGAGAGCCGAGCUGGCGGCGUCGCUGGGACUCACGCAAACACAGGUCAAAAUUUGGUUUCAGAACAGACGAUCGAAAAUGAAGAAGAUCAUGAAGAACGGGGAGCUUCCUCCGGAGCACAGCCCCAGCUCCAGCGACCCCAUGGCCUGCAACUCCCCCCAGUCCCCGGCCGUGUGGGACACGCAGGGCCCCUCCAGGUCGCACAGCCUCCAGCCACAAAACAUCAACACGGCCGCCUCUAACUUUUUGGAAAACACGGGCUCGUGGUACACGUCCGCCGGCAGCUCCAUGGCCUCCCACCUUCAGACACCUAACUCGAUACAACACUCGUUGGCUCUCGGAGCUGGGACGUUAUAUUAAAAAAAAAUACGCAUAGAAAGAAAAAAAAUCAAAAAACAAAAAACACCCUGUUGUUCAUUUAAUCCCCCCCUUCCUCCUUCUAUGGGACUCGUGUUCACAUUACAGAGGAAUAUGCAAUGUAUUUGAUGACAGUCAUAGAGGAAACGUGUAAAAUGUGUAAAUGUGUGCAUGUAAUUUAUUGCAUUUUUUGGAAGACUAUUAAACGUUUAAAUGGACAAUGGAUCUUUGAAACCUCCUGCCUCCAUUUGGUUGUUUCUGUUCCCUUCAGACCUCGGUUAUUCGCUCUGCAACUGACCGCAGAGGCAGGACGUAAUGGAUGCACGCGCCUCAGGUGACACGCUGUAAAUCACAGCAGAGGGAAGCUUUUGUGUGUACAGCCCAGCAGCUUUGAUCUGUUAUUCGCUUCUGUUUUCAUAUUGUU